AUGCCUUUGGAGGGCUCGGCUCCAUGCCCGUGCCUGAACCCUACGGACACUGGCUAUGGCUAUGGCUGCCGCGCCCACGACGCGAAUGGGAGCCACUACCCCCAGUGCUUGUCCACCGAGGCCCCGGGAUGGUGUGCGGACAUGUGGUGUUACGUCGACCGGAGCAACUGCGCUGUCACGAACGAGGUAAGUGUUUCUGGCGGCACGGAGAUGUACUGGAGCUACACCACCUGCGGCUACCGGGACUUGUUCUCGCUGGCAAACAUCACGGAGAGCAUCCGUGGCCAGACUCUACGGGUACUCUUCAUAGGCAACACUGGGGGUUGGAAGGGCAACUACUGCAGCCAGGGUGGCCAGAUCUGCAUCAACCAGCGUGGCCAAGGACCGACCCAGCGGAUUUUGGACACCCUCACGAACUCCGCUGGCUUUCUUGUGGACACGCGACAGGAGGUGGACCAGGCGGUGCGUGAGCAGAUGGCCAGAGUCAGCACGUCGAGCUCCCAGUUCGAUCUGUGCUCCUGGGCUACGGGCAUGGGCUUCGUGGACAUCUGCGGCUGCUCCAUGGUGAUGCUCCCCAGGCGCACGGAUGCCAGCCCCUUUGUCACACUGUGGUCCGAGCCAGUGGUCCUCGUGGGCCCCACCAAGGCUGAGCAACCCAGCGACGACUUCGUAUCGAUGCUUGGCCGGGCGUUCCGGCCUUUCAGCCCUGGGCUAUGGGGCACGGUCUUGGCGAUAGUCCUGUCCAUGUCUAUGCUGAUCACUUGGCUGGAGAAGGACAAGGGUGGGCAGUUCGAGACCCUCGAGGGUGCGGACACCUUUGGAUCCGGUGUCUUCACGGCCUUCUUCAGCCUGGUGACCUUCGAAGUCCAGUUCCAGCCGCAGACCGUAGGUGGGCGCAUCGUGACACUGGGGCUGGCCUUUAUCUUGGUUUUGCUGGUCUGCGGCUAUACUGCCACCUUGGCAUCGUUCCUUGUGGUGGAAAGUCGCUUAGCUUCGCCGAUAUCCAGUCUCAACGAUGCCAUCCGGCUGGGCUACAAGGUCUGCGCGCACAGGUCAGACAGCGGGCUGGUCGUCCUCAACGGAGUGUCCGAAAGCAAUGUGGUCGAGCUUGCAUCCAGGGGCGAUGUGCUGCCGAGUGUUGGCUCUACCUGCGAUGUGGCCGUAUUGCGGCAGGAAGACUUUGAAGCAUCACAGGCCGUCAAUCGAGGGAGCUUCUGCGAGCUGGCAAAAAUCGGGGACCCCAUUACGACAGGCUUGAUCGGGAUUGCCGUCUCAGAGAAGUGGGCCUGGGCGCUUCGCUACGCCAUGACGGCCAUGCAGCAAGAAGGACAGGUGCAAGAGGCGCUAAACGCAUACAGGCCCCCCGACUACUGCAGCGCUGUAGCUGCAGAAGCAGAGGCCACAGCUGAACCACCCUCCCUGCAAGUUGAGGGGAUGGCAGGCCCUUUCGUCCUGACCAGCAUCAUCGCCCUUUUCGGCUUCAUCGUCCACUUCAUCAAAGCCGCUAUCGACGACCGCCGCGCUCGCCGCCAGGCCAAAGCCAAGACGGCUGUUGCCGUGGACGACGGCGACGCCAAGGAUGUGCAGCCGGAACAGUUGCCUGGGGCCGAGAACGUGGCAUCGGAAGCCAAUGAGGGCUCUACCGCAGUAGUACCUGUAACCGUGGAUGCGAAUCUCCCACAGAAGGCCCUGAUCAGCAAGCCUUUAGAACCUUGUGAGCCUGCGCAACAGCCUGAUGGUCUAAGUAAAAUUUGA